ACCUCCGACGUCUACAGCUCCACAUCCUCAGGGCCAGCAAAAUGCAGUUCGAGAUGCACGACAACGUGAAAGGCAAAGCCAUGUCCUACCCGGUGACCAGUCAGCCCCAGUGCGCCAGCAGCUGCUAUCAGACCCAGCUCAGUGACUGGCACACGGGUCUCACGGACUGUUGCAAUGACAUGCCCGUCUGUUUGUGUGGCACUUUCGCCCCGCUGUGCCUCGCCUGCCGCAUCUCCGACGACUUCGGCGAGUGCUGCUGCGCUCCGUACCUGCCCGGCGGCCUGCACUCCCUCCGCACAGGCAUGCGCGAGCGCUACCGCAUCCAGGGUUCCGUCGGGCACGAUUGGGCGGCCCUCACUUUCUGUCUGCCCUGCGCCCUCUGCCAGAUGGCGCGGGAACUGAAAAUUCGAGAGUAAAGACGUCCCCCUUCUUCCUCCUCCUAGUCCACCACUCACGCCUCUGAUCCUUC